AUGAGACACGCAAGCAAACAGAUCAAUGCUUGCACCUUACGACCUUUCAUCACACAACAUGAUCAAUCAAUCAAUCAAUCCAACAACCAACAAACAAGCAAUCAUACAAUUUGCUUCUUCCCACACUCGCCUACUCCAAUCUCCACUCGUACUGCCACGGGAACGGAAGGAACAGCACGUGGCAAUCAAAGACACACGGCCCAUGAAGCUACUGCUCAGUACACAGCCAUCUCGAUCAAAUUGCAGUACUAUGUACAGGUUGCUGGCGAUUUUCAAGAAAUCCCUGUGAAGAAAAAGAUCGAGAGCAAAACAGCACUGACUCGAGCGUCAUCUGAACAGCCUUCUGGAUGGCCCACUGCAGUAGCUCUUGUCGAUCCCGUCGUUGCAUUCUCCAGGGAUCUUUGUGCAGAUUCCGCUUACGGUCGGCCUGCCUCUUUCGCCCUAUCAUGGAUGGUCCCAAAGGAACACCGGAGCCAACUAGCUAACCCGAGCAGGGACAUAAUUUACUUGGUAAAUCACCGGGGACUAAUCACCAAGUCAGGGGUAAAGCUAAGGUUCGUCUGCCCACUUCCUCCGGAUGCUGGUAACGGCUUCUCUUCCAUCAAGCUUCUGCUGACUCCCAUGGAGAGCCUAGCAGACAUUGGCCGUCUAACUACGGAUAGAUGUACAUAA